AUGUUCAUCAACACCGAAACUGAACCACCACCACCGCCAUCAGUAUCAUCACCAAUGAUUCGUCAAUUUUUACAUAUACCUACAUCUGAUGCUAGUUUAUUUGCUGCUCAUCAUGAAAAUUUUUCAUUUUCAUUAUUUGCACCAUUAUCAUCAAAUUCAACAAAUCCAGCAGAAAUUCCAUCAUCGAAUUUACUAGCAUCAUCACUUAUUUAA